AAUAAGGGGUAUCCAUGCAUCGCCGUGUCCCUCCAGAGGUGCCCGGCACCGGGAUGGUUUGCAAAGGAACAAAGUGGGUGCCAGACCCCGGUGCUCAGCUCUUCAAGCGGUGGGGCAAGGAGCUCCCGGCGCGGCAGAAGCGCGCGGCGUGCGCCCGGUUCCUCACCUACGGCUACAACGCCUACCUGAGCGACCGGCUGCCCCUCGACCGCGACGUGCCCGACAACCGCCCUCCCGGCUGCAGCUCCAAGCGGUACCCGUCGGAGCUGCCGGCCCUGAGCCUGGUGCUGAUCUUCUACAACGAGGCCGUCUCCAUCCUGCUGCGCGCCGUCACCUCCGCCGUGCGCAACACGCCGCACCACCUCCUCAAGGAGAUCAUCCUCGUCGACGACUGCAGCAGCCACCGGGACCUGCAGGAGGAUUUCGCUUUGCGGACCCAGCUGAUUGACCGCAGGUACGAGCACGUGUCCAUCCGCCUCGUCCGGCACGCGGCCCGCAGGGGCCUCAGCGCGUCGCGCGUCACCGGCAUCCGGGCGGCUUCAGGGCCCGUGGUGGCCGUCAUGGACGCCCACGUGGAGUUCCCCGUCGGAUGGGCCGAGCCCCUCCUGGCGCGUAUCCAGGAGGAGCGCCGGGUCGUGGUGUCCACGGUGUUUGACAAGACGCACCACGACACGCUGGCGGUGCAGCGCUACCCGCUCAACCAGCACGUCUUCAACUGGGAGCUCGCCUGUGCCUACCAGCCCCCGUCCAGGCAGUGGCUCCGGAACGGCGACCUCACGGCCCCCAUCCGGAGCGCAAUUUUGAUGGGCUGCAUGGCGGCCAGCAAGAGCUACCUGGAGGAGAUCGGCUUUCUGGAUGAAGGCAUGCAGGUGUACGGAGGGGAGAACGUGGAGCUGGGCCUCAGGGUGUGGCAGUGCGGGGGCAGCGUGGAGGUGCUGCCCUGCUCACGCUUGGCUCACAUCGAGCGCUACUUCAAGCCGUACGCCCCGGACCUGAGCGUCCACAUGCGCAGGAAUGCGCUGCGCGUGGCCGAGAUCUGGAUGGACGACUUCAAGAGAAACGUCUACAUGGCCUGGAACGUGCCCAUGAACGGAUCCGGGAUCGACAUCGGCGACAUCUCGGAGCGCGUGGCUCUGCGCAAGCGGCUCAACUGCAAGAGCUUCGCGUGGUACCUGGAGAACGUGCUGCCCUCACUGCCAUGGCACCACGACAUCGUCCAGUACGGAGUGUUCAAAAACAGCAUCAGGAGUGACCUCUGCUUGGAUCACGGAAACCCAAUUGACAAGCACCCCCUACUGUACCACUGCCACGGAGAGCGUCCACAGGUACUGUACCACUACAAUCCGAUCCAAUUGGCGCCACGGUGGCUAGAAGAUGUGAACUCCCUCGACCAGGUGACUACGUGCGUGGGCAUGACCCCCUCGGGCGGGGGCAGCCCGGCCCUGGUCGGCUGCAGGGCCCCGCCGGACGACGAGCGCUUCCUCACCUUCAAGACCGGCGAAAUGAAGACCAAGGAUGGCACCCGGUGCCUGGAGGCGCUGGAGGCCCAGGAGAACCAAGCGGAGCUCGUUCUGCGUCCCUGCAGCGGCCAAAAGUGGCGCUUCGAGUACUUCAAACCCAUCAGCAGCCCGUCGUAA